GAUGAAACGUCAAAUGUUUCCCAUCCCUAGUGAGGAGGAGACGGCGGCAGCGGCACAUGAGUGACUGGUCAGAGCUGCUGCUGGGCGGGCGCUGUGUAAGAUGGCGCUGCGAGCGGUCAGGAGCGUGUGCAGUGCCGCCCGCCUCGUACCCUGGAGCGGCUGCUGCUCCGUCAGAUCCCUGAGCUACUCCUCCCGCCUCCUCUCCGCUCGCAAGUACACAGACAAGCAUGAAUGGAUAGCUGUUGAACAUGGAAUUGGGACAGUGGGAAUCAGCAACUACGCCCAGGUGUCAUUAGGAGAUGUCGUCUACUGUACUCUUCCAGAGGUCGGCACCAAGAUCAGUAAAAUGGAUGAGUUUGGGACGUUAGAAAGCGUAAAAGCAGCAACUGAACUAUUUUCACCCCUGACCGGAGAAGUCACUGAAAUAAAUGAAGCGCUGGCAGAUAAUCCAGGAUUGGUCAACAAAUCUUGCUACGAUGAAGGGUGGUUAAUAAAGGUAACGGUGGACGUUCCUUCUGAGCUGGAUGAACUAAUGAGUGAGGACGCCUAUGAGAAAUAUGUAAAAUCGAUUGAAGACUGAUCCAUUGAGUCCUGCAAGACCUCUUAGUCCUGCUUAGAAUGAGUAGCGGAAUGCAGGAGGGCUUCACUUCGGUGGUAUUUGAUUACUACAGCAAUAACUGUUAGCCAAGCUUCCCCUCCUUGUAGCCUACGUUGGACUGGUCAGUACUGAAGCAACGCCAAGAUCCUCUGUUUAAAUGUUUCGCCCUUUUUUUUUUUUUUCUUUUUUAUCCUAAACUUUUACAAUGAGUAAAAACAUAAAACCUAAUUAACAUUUCGGUUACAUGUGUGGUUUUGUCCAGUUGCUGCAGCAGAAAGACCAGAUAGGACACCUGCCAAAGACUUGACUUCUGGUACUGGAAAGAACCAUUGCGUCUUUGAUAGAGAUUGCAUCUUCUAUUAACCAUGAUGCGUGAAGCUCAACCCUUCAUCUUCACUGCAUCUGCUCACCGAUACUGUGUAAAAAAAAUAAAAGAUGAUCUGGAAAGUU